ACCUUACAAUACAUGUUCAAACAACUUUCUUAUUUACCUCCCUGUUCCUUUAGCAAGGGGUGGUACUAGUUAUCUCUGUUUUGUAGAUGAGGAAACAGACACAAGAGAGGUGCUUGCAUAAGGCAGCUAAACAUGCCUUGAUGGGUCAUUUGGUGUUCCCCACUGUGUAUAAUUGUGCCCUCUUAAAGUAGUAGGUCAUUUUAUACAGCUUACUCAGUUUUGCCUUUUUCUCUUUUUGUAUUCAUAGACUGGAAAAGUAAGAAGAGCUUUCCUGCCUUUUUAAUUACCAAACUACUCUCAGUUUUCAAUGAAUCAGUUCAAAGAAAGAAUGCAGUCUUUCUAUACCUGACUCAAGAAUGAACAAUCCGUCAGAACCCAGUAAACCAUCUGUGGAGAGUGGAGAUGGCAACACGGGCACACAAACCAAUGGUCUGGACUUUCAGAAGCAGCCUGUGCCUGUCGGAGGAGCAAUCUCAACAGCCCAGGCCCAGGCUUUCCUUGGACAUCUCCAUCAGGUCCAGCUCGCGGGGACAAGUUUACAGGCCGCUGCUCAGUCUUUAAAUGUACAGUCCAAAUCUAAUGAAGAAUCGGGGGAUUCCCAGCAGCCAAGUCAGCCUUCUCAGCAGCCUUCAGUGCAGGCAGCCAUUCCCCAGACCCAGCUUAUGCUGGCUGGAGGGCAGAUAACCGGGCUGGCCCUGACGCCCGCCCAGCAGCAGCUGCUGCUCCAGCAGGCGCAGGCGCAGGCGCAGCUGCUGGCGGCCGCGGUGCAGCAACACUCGGCCGCGGGGCAGCACGGCGCCGCCGGGGCCUCCAUCUCGGCCUCCGCCGCCACGCCCAUGACGCAGGUCCCGCUGUCGCAGCCCAUACAGAUCGCACAGGAUCUUCAACAGCUGCAACAGCUUCAACAGCAGAAUCUCAACCUGCAGCAGUUUGUGUUGGUGCAUCCGACUACCAACUUGCAGCCGGCACAGUUUAUCAUCUCACAGACGCCCCAGGGCCAACAGGGUCUCCUGCAAGCGCAAAAUCUUCUAACACAACUACCUCAGCAAAGCCAAGCCAACCUCCUACAGUCGCAGCCAAGCAUCACCCUCACCUCCCAGCCAGCAACCCCAACACGCACAAUAGCCGCAACCCCCAUUCAGACACUUCCACAGAGCCAGUCAACACCAAAGCGAAUCGAUACUCCCAGCUUGGAGGAGCCCAGUGACCUUGAGGAGCUUGAGCAGUUUGCCAAGACCUUCAAACAAAGACGAAUCAAACUCGGAUUUACUCAGGGUGAUGUUGGGCUUGCUAUGGGGAAACUGUACGGAAAUGACUUCAGCCAGACUACCAUCUCUCGCUUCGAAGCCUUGAACCUCAGCUUUAAGAACAUGUGCAAGUUAAAGCCACUUUUAGAGAAGUGGCUAAAUGAUGCAGAGAACCUCUCAUCUGAUUCGGCCCUCUCCAGCCCAAGUGCCCUGAAUUCUCCAGGAAUUGAGGGCUUGAACCGUAGGAGGAAGAAACGCACCAGCAUAGAGACCAACAUUCGUGUGGCCUUAGAGAAGAGUUUCUUGGAGAAUCAAAAGCCUACCUCGGAAGAGAUCACUAUGAUUGCUGAUCAGCUCAAUAUGGAAAAGGAGGUGAUUCGUGUUUGGUUUUGUAACCGCCGCCAGAAGGAAAAAAGAAUCAACCCUCCAAGCAGUGGCGGGACCAGCAGCUCACCUAUCAAAGCAAUUUUCCCCAGCCCAACCUCGUUGGUGGCAACCACACCAAGCCUUGUGACGAGCAGCGCAGCCACUACCCUCACGGUCAGCCCUGUCCUCCCUCUGACCAGUGCUGCGGUGACCAGUCUCCCGGUUACAGGCACUACAGACACCACCUCCAACAACACGGCAACCGUGAUUUCCACAGCACCUCCGGCCUCCUCAGCAGUCACCUCCCCCUCUCUGAGUCCGUCUCCUUCUGCCUCAGCCUCCACCUCCGAGGCAUCCAGUGCCAGUGAGACCAGCACAACACAGACCACCUCCACUCCUUUGUCCUCCCCUCUCGGGACCAGCCAGGUGAUGGUGACAGCAUCAGGCUUGCAAACAGCAGCAGCUGCCGCCCUCCAAGGAGCUGCACAGCUGCCAGCAAACGCCAGUCUUGCUGCCAUGGCUGCUGCUGCAGGACUAAACCCAGGCCUGAUGGCGCCCUCGCAGUUCGCGGCUGGAGGUGCCUUACUCAGUCUCAAUCCAGGGACCCUGGGCGGUGCUCUCAGCCCAGCUCUGAUGAGCAACAGUACACUGGCAACUAUUCAAGCUCUUGCUUCUGGUGGCUCUCUUCCAAUAACGUCACUGGAUGCCACUGGGAACCUGGUGUUUGCCAAUGCCGGAGGAGCCCCCAACAUCGUGACCGCCCCUCUGUUCCUGAACCCUCAGAACCUCUCUCUGCUCACCAGCAACCCGGUUAGCUUGGUCUCUGCUGCCGCAGCCUCUGCAGGGAACUCUGCACCUGUAGCCAGCCUUCACGCCACCUCCACCUCAGCCGAGUCCAUCCAGAACUCUCUCUUCACCGUGGCCUCUGCCGGCGGGGCUGCAUCCACCACCACCACCGCCUCCAAGGCACAGUGAGCUGGGCGGAGCUGGGCUGCCGGGAGCCUUUUCACUCUGCGGUGAGAUUGGGCUGCCAGCCAGGUCAAUAAACUGAAAAAUGUGAUCGGCUUCCUCUCGCCAUGUUGUGAGGGCAAAGGAGAGAAGGGAGAGAAGGAAAACACAUACCAGAAAAAAAAGAAAGGAUGGAGAUGGGACAACAACAUUUGCCUAAUUUUAUAAUAAAACACUGUCUUUUCAGGAUUGCUUCAUGGAUUGGAGAACUUUCUAACCAAAAAUUUAAAAAAAAAAAGAAACAAAAAAUCAAAAACAAACAAACAAAAAAAUAAGUGAAAGGACUACUUAUCAUUUCCAGCAGUCGUGAUGACAAGUUAAGGUGGGUUACCAAUUCCAAUAUAGGAAGGGGAUUUCUUGUUUAUCUAAAUUUCUUUUUAUCUUAAAAAAAAAUCAUUUUUAUGGGUCUGUUGUACAGGCCAUUAAGUCAUAACAAGGUGUUUAUAAUCGUAUCAAUUGUGUUGGGGGUUCCUUUCUUAACUGGUACAAUUUAGGCAGGCCUGUAUUACUGUAUCUCUAUUAUUAUUGUUGUUGUUGUUAUCGUUUUUUUUAUAUAUAUAUAUAUAGUUUGGACAUGUUUAUCUCUUGCUCCUGGAUCCUAUUUCAGUGAGCUCCCACACUGUGGGGAGGGAGGGUUUCGGGGUAAGGGGAGACUUCUGUUCUUAACUGCGGGGAAUGUUCUUGCUGGUUUCCUUAUCCUUGAUGACUCUUACAGAGGUGCUAGAAAAUUAUUUUCUUUUGCCACUUAUGCAAGAGGCUUGGUGCAGAAGCUGAAGACAGUGUGUGCAAACACUCCUACUCCACACAUGUCCCCUCCCCCUCCCCCCAUCAGGUGGUGCCUUUGGAGCACUUUUGUGUAGGAAGGAAUUCCUGCUGAACUGUAGCUCUCACUCACCCCCAAAUCAUUGAAUGACCCUGAGGCCCAGAUCCUGCGGUGCAACAGUGCUGCUUUCUGCUACUUUCAAUGGGAACAGCUGUACAUGUUGCAGGGCAGGAUUUGGUUCCGAAGAGCAAAGACUACUGCAGACACCUGACUUGGUGGUUCUCCUGAUUUCUUAUCUCCUGAAAAAUGCUCCUACUGUUGGUGUGUUUGUUUUUUCCAUUUUUCAGAAGUUUUUCAUCGAAACUUCCUUUAACUUACUUGGCAAA